GCCCUUGGAUACCUUUUGCGAAGCUAUCGUCCUGCCUCUAUCACCAUGUUACGUCAGAGGUGAACACUAUGGCGGAAACGCCACAUCAUCAACCCUUGACACGGCGUACAUCGUGCCCCGACUUGGCUGGCCAUUCCCAUCGCCUACGACACCAGUCAGCCGGACGUACUUAAGAGCGACGCUUUCAUCGGGCCACUUCAGUGGGCUGGACGGAGCGGCAGCCAUGCAACCGCUUCAAAACCCGUUAUUGUUUGUUGUACAGAUUCUGGCGUUCCUCGGCACGUGGCAGCCCUUGGAUUCCUUUUGCGAAGCUAUCGUCCUGCCUCUAUCACCAUGUUACGUCAGAGGUGAACACUAUGGCGGAAACGCCACAUCAUCAACCCUUGACACGGCGUACAUCGUGCCCCGACUUGGCUGGCCAUUCCCAUCGCCUACGACACCAGUCAGCCGGACGUACUUAAGAGCGACGCUUUCAUCGGGCCACUUCAGUGGGCUGGACGGAGCGGCAGCCAUGCAACCGCUUCAAAACCCGUUAUUGUUUGUUGUACAGAUUCUGGCGUUCCUCGGCACGUGGCAGCCCUUGGAUUCCUUUUGCGAAGCUAUCGUCCUGCCUCUAUCACCAUGUUACGUCAGAGGUGAACACUAUGGCGGAAACGCCACAUCAUCAACCCUUGACACGGCGUACAUCGUGCCCCGACUUGGCUGGCCAUUCCCAUCGCCUACGACACCAGUCAGCCGGACGUACUUAAGAGCGACGCUUUCAUCGGGCCACUUCAGUGGGCUGGACGGAGCGGCAGCCAUGCAACCGCUUCAAAACCCGUUAUUGUUUGUUGUACAGAUUCUGGCGUUCCUCGGCACGUGGCAGCCCUUGGAUUCCUUUUGCGAAGCUAUCGUCCUGCCUCUAUCACCAUGUUACGUCAGAGGUGAACACUAUGGCGGAAACGCCACAUCAUCAACCCUUGACACGGCGUACAUCGUGCCCCGACUUGGCUGGCCAUUCCCAUCGCCUACGACACCAGUCAGCCGGACGUACUUAAGAGCGACGCUUUCAUCGGGCCACUUCAGUGAGCUUGUCGGAGCGGCAGCCAUGCAACUGCUUCAAAACCCGUUCUUGUUUGUUGUACAGGUUGGUAAACACCCGUCGUUGCACGCUAAGCGAUCCAGUAAUAUCUGUCUGCUGCUCUUCCCAGGCCCACUGGUGAUUCUUUGUGAUUUUUUUGAGUGUAUAUAUGUUGUCAAAUUGCUUAUGUUAGCUGGGGAUGUGGAACAGAACCCUGGUCCUCAAAAGGAGAUUCUACAGAAUUGUCAUCUGCUGUACGCCAUUGCGGCCUUGUCGGCUAAAAGUGACGCACACCAUACCGAGGUAAUAGGGAUGCUAUCAGAGGUCCGAGCUAAUCAGCAAAAACUUGAGGAAAAAGUUUCCAGCUUAGCCAGUAGGGUCGCAACAGUUGAAUCCCUGGUGGAAUCAUAUGAAGCAAAUCAGAAUGGUGUUGAUCUACCGAGAGUAGUCGAUGAAGCUGUGCGAGACCAAACUGCAGCAAUAAUUUCUCGGUUGGACGAGCUGGAAGAUAGCUCUCGCCGUGACAACCUUAUAUUCUACGGGAUUCCUGACGUCCCAGCUGAGAACUGGUCCGAAUCUGAAACUAAAAUUCGAAACUGCCUUACUAGUUUACUACAGAUAACUUUAAUAGACGAAGCCAUUUCCCGCGCCCACAGGCUGGGUUCCUAUGCAGUAAAUAAACACCGGCCCAUAAUCGUAAAAUUCUCGUCCUCAAAACUUAAGCAAAAGGUUUUCACUGAGCGAAAAAAAUUCAAAGGUUCUGGAAUUUCUGUUAGCGAAGACUUCUGCCGCGCCACACGCUUGUCACAGAAAAAAUUGAUUGAAUUCGGAAAGGCUAGCGGACAGAAAUAUGCGCUACGGCUCAACCGUCUACAAAUCGACAAAAAAACUUAUAUUUACUGUCCGGUAACUGAUCGUGUGUGCGAAAUCCACACAAACGAGCUUCGUUCAACAAAUUAUGUCCCAUAUGCACCUUCUGAUGGCCCUAGCAAUUCGCAAACAUAG